AUGCGCCCGACCGAGCUCCUCGCGGCCCUCGCGGCCCUCUCGCCGCUCUUCCUCUCCGCCUCAGCCUCGUCCCCGACCGCGCACGAGUCGUUCUCGCCCGUGCGCCUCGAGCGCCGCAUCAGCCCCGUGGGUACCGUCGCUGUGUCGUCGUGCGGCUUGAGCAAGUCGAAGCACCAGCUGUACCUCAACCCGCUCAAGGGAACGUGCGUCGCGCACUGCCCUUUCGGCCACUACGGCACCAAGACGUGCAUCAAGUGCUCGAGCGCGUUCAACUCGGCCGUCAAGACGUGCGACAAAGAUGGCGCAAAGAGCUGCAACACGUCCAAGAAUGGCGUGCCGUUCGUGCUGCAGGACAGGCAGUGUGUCUGCCCGCUCGGCACGACGCUUUCAGCUGGUUCGUGCAACACGGUGCCGGUCGUCGUGCCGGGCCAGACGACGACGACCACGACUGCGGCGACUACCACCACGACCUCGCACACCUGCACGGCGACCUCAACGGGCGCUACUAGCCCUGCUCCCUCGCCGACAACGCCGCCUGCGCACGACGGCUCGACCUCAAGCUCGUCGAGCGACGCCGAGACGAUCACGGUCACGCUCGACGACGGCGACACCAUCACCGGGACGACGCCCGACACGCCGACGCCCGUCGAAGAGCCCUCGACGCCGACCGCCGACUCGUCCUCGUCCACCUCAUCCUCGAGCAGCUCUACAACUAUCACGACGACAACGACCAGCAUGACAACCUCCUCUUCCGCCGCCGCCGCGCCGACCCCGACCGUGCGGCUGGUGCCCGGCUGGUCGUACCAGGGCUGCUGGCGCGACCUCGCCUUUGACGGGCACGUCCUCCCGAACGACCUGACGAGCAAGGCGGCUUUUACGCCCGGGUCGUGUCUCGCUGCUUGCGCCACAGCCGGCUACGCGAUCUGCGGCCUCGAGUACAAGGGCGAGUGCUGGGGCGCUCCCGGCGUACCUCGCUGGACUGAGCCGGUCGACCACUGCAACCUCGCGUGCAAGAAUGACCCGACGGCGAUCUGCGGCGGAAGUGCCGCCCUGACGGCCUACGUGUCCGAGUCGAUCCCGUGGGUGGAGCCCGUCAGCAACGAGCAGCUUGCGAGCUAUGGCGACUACACGUACCAGGGCUGCUACGCCGACCUCGUCGUCAACCGUCAGCGCGUCCUCCCUCGCCAGCACACCAACGCCGAGGGCCGUGUCGAGUCGUGCCUCGACUUCUGCGCGUCCAAGGGCGCCUCGUACUGCGGCCUCGAGUACUACGGCGAGUGCUUCUACGCGCUAGCGGGCGAGUCGCUCUCGGUCGCGUCGACACCCGUCGACGAGUCGCUGUGCAGGUUCAGCUGCAGGGGCGCGCCUUCCGAGGACUGCGGCGGCAAGGCGAGCUUGUCGCUGUGGAAGAUGGCCGACAGGGCUCCUCCCGUCGCGACGGUCACCGACUGA